UAAGAGGCCCGAGCGAUUGCUCUUUGUUAAUAGGGCGGCAUCUGGCCUCGAGUCAAAAAAAAAACUCUUCAGCAAAUUAUGUCGAUUAGCCGGUGCUCGACGAUAACCCGUUCUUUAUUCUCAACUUCGAUCCGCCUGUUCAGUUCCGUCGUUGCGAAAAACAUGGAAAAGCACGAAGUGGUUCCCGACGUUAUUCCGGUCGCACCGACCGCAGUGGCCAAAGUCUCCUAUCCGAGCGGUGCCGUCGUCAGCGAGGGAAACGUUCUAACCCCCACGCAGGUUAAGGACGUUCCGACGGUCGAGUGGAACGCGGAAGGGGACGCGCUGUAUACGCUCUGCAUGACCGAUCCGGACGCACCAAGUCGCAAGGAACCGACGUACCGCGAGUGGCACCACUGGCUGGUCGGAAACAUUCCCGGUGGCGAUGUGGCGAAGGGUGAAACACUGUCGGCGUACGUUGGUUCGGGCCCACCACCCGGCACCGGCCUGCACCGGUACGUUUUCCUGGUGUACAAACAGAAUGGCAAGCUAACGUUCGACGAGCCGCGGCUAACGAACACCAGCGGUGAUAACCGUGGCGGAUUCGCCAUUCGCAAGUUUGCCGAGAAGUACAAGCUGGGCAAUCCGGUUGCUGGAAACCUCUACCAGGCGGAAUGGGAUGAUUACGUUCCACUGCUGUACAAGCAGCUGGGAGCUUAGAGCGGAGGGACAGCGCCGCAGAAGCAGGGAAGGGCCACAAUUGGUUUCGAUUACAUUCGUUUAAAGAUGAAGAAUCGCGCAUUAAUUCUCGGGCUGCCGCCGUGCCCACGGGGCAUAGAAGUUGCUAGAAGCAAAAAAUCAAAAAGAGGAAAAAGUAAAUAAAAAUUAACUCCACUGAUAAGGACGGUUUCGUAAUGAUUUGCUUCCGCGGA